AUGCGCGUUUUCCGGGGUCAGGAGAUGGACUCUGAGAACUGGGAUUACGAAAUGGAGAAAAGAAGGCCACUUUCGAUGGUUGGACGAGUCGUCGAUAGCGGAAGGAAGGACGAAGAGGGUCAGCGGAUCUUUCAGUGCGCGGCGCACAGCCUGAGUUCAUGCCGAGAGUGCUUCAACUGGAAAAAACUCAUGCGCGCACAAGUCAAACCUGCCAAGAACGAUCAUGGGAAGGUCAGCGACCGCGAUCAGCUGAGCGGCUUGCUCGCGGCGAUGGGCGCUCCUGUCGCGGGGGACACUAAACUCGACGAAAGUGGCUUGGAGCACAAGCUUCGUCUGGCGCUCAACUACGCGCAGAACAUGGCAAAGUUCUUGAAUAGGAUGCCUAUCAACCCUGUUGAGCUUGCGAAAUGGAAAGAUGUACAGCGCCGACCAGUCUUCGACGCUGUGCGGCGCAGCAACAUGGCAGAGGUACUCAAGGUCGCAGAGGCUCGGCGAACGACGGGAAAUGCAAGUUCAGCCUUCCCGUUGUACGCCAACGCGUUUAUGGAUCUUCGUCAGACCAUCAUGUCUCUCGCGAAGAACUUCGAUACAAACCAUCCUGUGGCUCUUCUGCAAGACGAGAAUCAACGUGCUGCUAUCUCCAUGCGAAUGCUAGACGUAUACAUGCUAGACAACACCACGCCGCUCAUAGCGCUCAUAUACGAACCUGCGAACGCGCAAGAGCAAAUGGUUGGGAGCAAGACAAUGCAGUUCAUGCAAACGCAAGUCAUGCCCCUGGGUAACGAGAACUGCGCCCAGAUCAGGUGCACGCUCGAAGAACAAGCGCUCCUUCGACGCCUGUUGUACCUCAACUCAACAAAGCUGUCACCUGCGUACGAGACUACUCUUGCGGCGGACCAACGCGCAUUCAAGCGCAGCUUCAUCCUACCCAUCGGUCCACUGGACGAAGCCCAGAUCGGCAAGCUCACGAGCAACACGGGAUGCGCGGUAUGCGGAGCUUCGCAGACGAAGGCUUGCUCCGCAUGUCACUGUGAGCGCUAUUGCGGACCUGCCUGUCAGAAAGCGCACUGGAAGGAACAUAAGGCAACAUGCCAUUCACUACAAGGUGGUACCUGGACGGACUUUGCCUUCGUAUCUUCUCCGGAUAUGAACAGUGACAAGGUCGUGGACAGCCUCUUAAACCUCUACGCGCCCUCGAGCGAGCAGCAUGACGCUCAUCUGCAGCGGCUCAAUGGCCUGCAACCUCGCCCGGAUGUGCACGGUGACAGGACUUUCCUCCUGAAGGUUCAAUACGUGCAAACAGAUCACAACGGUGAUCCUCCUAAUCCACCGCAAUACGUUGUACAUGAUCGAGAGCGCUCACUUGAAGGAUAUCUACGCUCGAAGGGCAGGGACUCGCCGUGGACGACGUUGGUCAAGCAGAUACCACCGAUGGCCGUUGGCGAGAAGAUAUACCGAUGGGCGAGGCGCACGGGAGACUGGGAGUUAAACAUCUGCCUUGAUCGCGAGCCUCAGGGUGUAGAGACACUGUCAUGGUAG